AUGCACGUCAACUGCUCAAUAAUAUUCUUUGUUGAAUCUUGGAGUGAGCAUACUCGACCUUCCACAAAGAAAGGGGGAGGAUAUCGUCGCACUUUGAAACAGUGGACACACACAACAGAUACGAAGCCUGGCUCACUGAAAAGAAAAAAGAUUGCUAAAACGAGAUGGGAAUCUGAGGUGAGAAAGCUGGCUGUUUUUGCUGCUAGUGUACAUGAACCUCGAAUUGCUUGUAAAACAGAUUCACACGACCAGCUUCAGAAAGGUGAAUCUAUGAAGGAGAACAUCAAUCAUUGCAAUUGUUUAGUGGAAAACAAAAUUGAGGAAAAAGAACCCAGCAAGUCGCUCGGAAAUGCUCAUCUUGAGACUGACGUGCCUCAUGUUGAACCUUGGACGUUUAAGCAAUACCUUGGCAAGGCUGUGUGCAUUCCGGCUGGGUGCCCACGUCAAGUGCGAAACAGACAGGUGAAGAAGCUUGCUGUUUUUGCUGCAAGUGCUGCCACCACUGAAGCGAGAAAUCUGAUGUCAAAACUAAAGCGAAAUUUCUUAUGCUCUUUGAUAUGUUGUCUUCUGCAUUCCUGUUGGAUUUUGUUGUCGUCAGAAAAGUAUCUUAUUGGAGUAGAUCCUUCUUUAAGAUUGUGUAAAGAUAUACUAGAGAAUUCUCAUGGUCCACCAUGUGGAGUAGGGCAACACCCGGGGCAAGCUGUUGUAGUUCGAGGGUCUCUAGGGACAACUGGAAUAUAG